CUAGGAGGAGCUCAAACAGUAAAAGCCUUUACUGAUUAAAACAAGGAUAGCCAUAUUUGGGGGGAAGGGAAUUAUUUUUUAUUUGGUGCAACGGACAUUUCAGACAAUCAAGAAGGUGGCGGAUCGAGCAACUAAAUCUGCCACAAUGACUGCACGUCCCCGUUUCGUGUCUCGAUAAGUGUCCACUCCUUCCUCCUCAUCUGCGUCUUUCUAGUUGUCGUCUGAAUCUGCUACAAAUUGAGACAACGCCAGCUAGCUACACCACAACCAGAUACGUGCGUUAAAAAAACAAGCCAAAACAGUACCAAGGAUGGACUAACAAACACAUUCAUUUUUUGGCCACACUUCCAACCAACACGCUUUGCCGGCGGGGAGCUGGUGCAAGAAGAUGACCCUUUUCUCUUGGCUUGAGGAGGCUUUGCCGCUGCGUGGGGGAGUGGGGUACAUCCUGUGGCGUUUCCUGUGUUUGUAAACUAGACGGUCUUGAACAACGUCGUGGAGCUGAAAGUUUUAAUGCUAGAUGAGUGAGGUGGGUGUGGCUUCCCACCAGCCCGACCAUCCUGACUGACCAUCCUGACUGACGGAUCUCUGGAUGACCUUGUCCCACCCCCUGUCCCUGCGCUCACAUACACCACAGCAAUGUCACAUCUGCCCAGCAGCUCAGUCCGCGACCAUAUGAAAUGGGCGGGGCUGCUUGGCUGUGAGGCUGUCCUCUCCAGCAUGGCACUGAUGCAGGCUAGUUCAAUGGCUGCUCCGCCCAAAAAAAUGAUGGCCCCCCUUGGCCAUGGACCCCAGCAGAGAGACGGACCCGACCGGGCUCCCCAGGGCCAUAUGAUCAUCCCAUCCGGAAUGAGCUGUCCACCCCUGGUUAGGACCAACUUCGGAAAUCUUAUCCGGAAGGACGGUGAAUUCCAAGCUCCCCGCCUGCUGGAUGAGAAGGAGAUGAGAGCCAACGAGGACAUGCAGCAGAAAAAAAAGAAUAGGAAAUCAGUAACGCCCUGCAAAGUGAGAGAACAAGAAGGAAGGGGAGGGAAGGGCACAGGUGCAGAUGAGAAUGGUCCGUCAUCCAAAGUGCAGAAAAACUUUAUUUGUGAUCACUGUUACGGAGCAUUUAGGAGCGGAUACCACCUGAAGAGACAUAUCCUCAUUCAUACAGGGGAGAAGCCGUAUGCUUGUGCCGUAUGUGACAUGAGGUUUAUUCAGCGUUACCACCUGGAGAGACACAGCCUCAUUCACACGGGGGUGAAGCCGUACGCUUGUUCCAUGUGUGACAUGCGGUUUUUCCAGCGUUACCACCUGGAGAGACACAGACUCACUCACACGGGUAUGCGUCCAUUAACCGUACCCAGUUCAAGGGUGAAGCCGUACGCUUGCUCCAUGUGUGACAUGAGGUUCUUCCAACGUUAUCAUCUGGCAAGACACAGCCUCACUCAUACCGGGGUGAAGCCAUACGCUUGCUCCAUGUGUGAUAUGAGAUUUUUCCAACGCUACCACUUGGCAAGACACAGCCUCACUCACACGGGGGUGAAGCCAUAUGCUUGCUCCAUGUGUGACAUGAGAUUUUUCCAGAGAUACCACCUGGCAAGACACACACUCACCCAUACGGGGGUGAAGCCGUACGCUUGCUCCAUGUGUGACAUGAGGUUCUUCCAGCGUUACCAUUUGGCAAGACACAGCCUCACUCAUACUGGAGUGAAGCCGUAUGCGUGUACCAUGUGUGACAUGAGGUUUAUACAACGUUACCAGCUGGAGAGACACAGUCUCACUCAUACAGGGGUGAAGCCAUACGCUUGCACCAUGUGUGACAAGAGGUUUUUUCAGCGCUACCACCUGGCGAGACACAGCCUCACUCAUAUGGGAGUGAAACCUUAUGCUUGCACCAUGUGUGACAUGAAGUUUUUUCAGCGUUACCACCUGGCAAGACACAGCCUCACUCAUACGGGUGUGAAACCUUAUGCUUGCACCAUGUGUGACAAGAGGUUUUUUCAGCGCUACCACCUGGCGAGACACAACCUCACUCAUAUGGGUGUGAAACCUUUUGCUUGUACCAUGUGUGACAUGAGGUUUGUUCAGCGUUACCACCUGGCGAGACACAGCCUCACUCAUACGGGUGUGAAACCUUAUGCUUGCACCAUGUGUGACAAGAGGUUUUUUCAGCGCUACCACCUGACAAGACACAGCCUCACUCAUAUGGGUGUGAAACCUUUUGCUUGCCCCAUGUGUGACAUGAGGUUUGUUCAGCGUUACCACCUGGCGAGACACAGCCUCACUCAUACGGGGGUGAAGCCGUAUGCUUGUUCCAUGUGUGACAUGAGGUUUAUUCAGCGUAACCACCUGGAGAGACACAGCCUCACUCAUACGGGAGAGAAGCCCUUUGCUUGUGACAUGUGUGAUAUGAGGUUUAUCCAGCGCUACCACCUUGAGAGACACAAGCGUGUCCAUAGUGGGGAGAAGCCUUAUCAGUGUGAACGGUGCCAGCAGAACUUCUCGCGGACAGACCGGCUGCUGCGACACCGGCGGCUGUGCCAGGGCCGCGGCGUGGCCAAGGUGGAGAACCAGCCGUGCUGCGAACCGCGCCCGUACGGCCAGGAGCCCCCGCCCGCGCCCCCCACCUGGAGCCCCCUGCACCCCCCUCCAGGCCGACUGGCGGUCUGACAUUCCACCUCCUCUGCACCCACAACACCGCCGGAGACGGGACACGCCAAAGGGUUUCUUCUUUUUCUCAGCGCCGUGCCGAGUGAUGCCACGCUCGAGCGCAGGCUGAUCUCGCAGCUCCAGUCUCUGGAUUUCUAAUGACAGUGACAUUUUUUUGUUUUUUGUUGACUUUUUACUGUGUUUUCUUUUCUCUCCCACCACCCCCUUGUUUCCUGUUUUUUUAAAGACAAGACUUUUCUGUGAUGAACAGUUGUCCUGUUUUGUACUUUAUUCUAUUUGAUUUUUGCAACAAAAGAAGGUUUUAUGGUUGUUCAAUAUAUCUGCGUCCGGUGGUACUCUGGGACGGCUGUGGGUGUUUAUCCUGACGCGUUAGCAAAAAAAUGGAAUGAUGAAAGUAUUUGAACCUUUUUUCUUUUUCUUUUAAAAAAAAAUGUCUUCAUGCGACUCCUUUUGACCAAGGUCCAUCUAUCAGGUCUGAAUUUAUCAUACUGAACUUUCCUGACAAUUAAAGAAAGGGAACUGAUCACAUCUCAUGUAGACCAAAUCUCGCUUGCCAUUGUCGCUAAGAUAGUGCUAAGCAUUAAGACAUUUCACUGAAAGCAGUGUUUGGUCUAAAUAUGAUUUGGACAUUAGUAUUUCCCUGAAUUCAUCAACCUAGGACUUGGUUUUAAUGAUUUCUUUGUGUAGAUAAUUCAAAAUGCUUAUUUCACUAUGGGACUUAAGUGCUGAAUUCUUUUUUGUUCACAAAUAUGGCGAAAAACAAAAGGAUCAUUAGACUGUUUCAAAUACGAUCCCACCCUUUUAAAGAGGAAACCUGAGAAACCUUUUUGAGUGUUUUUUUAUAAAAAAAAGAAAAUAUGGGGGAAAAAAAGGUAGUAUCAAACAUUGCUUCUCAACUGUAAACCUGAACUUCCAAGACGGGGACUGAGGGAGCGAGCCGGGGGGCUCUGUCUGGCAUGAGGGGUCGGGUCACGGGAGACGGCGCCACGGCUCAUGUUCGGUUGUGUGUCUGUGAUGUGCACGGGAUGGCAGCAGCGGCGCGUCGUGCUCCCACACUAACCGACUCAUGCCAUUGUGCGUUCAUACAGUGUGUAUGCAGAGAUCUGCAUUACUUAACAGAACGGCGUCUCAACUUGCUCUGUCCAUAGAUUCUGGUCUCAAAUAGCACAGGUUGGCCUCUCACGGUCCCAUUAUGUUGUUUGUACAGUUACUCUCAUUGUGAGAUUAGUGGGGGUGUACAAAAUCUUGUGGCCUUAGUGUUUUUGUUGUUUUCCAUUUGUCUUUUUUCUCAACUCUUUUAUUAUUGUGGAUCAGAUGUAUUUACUAAGGAAGCCUUUCAUCAUCAUGGUAUGUUUUUUUUUCUUUGUUUUCUAUCCUAAAGCUGUCAUGGUUACAGAAUGUUGGCGGCUUUGGUGGCGCUAAUACCGACUGAUGUGUUCUCCAGUCGAGAGAUGUUGUCUCUUGAUGAUGGUCAAUAUUUUGGGUUAUUGUUACUGAUUUCAGUGUAACGCAGUAUGUAAUCCUUAGGAAGCCCCCCGUGAGUCUGUCGGUCCUUGUGAGAAGUCAGUAGUGCUCCAUUGUUUCCCACUGCAGUGCUCUGCCUGGUCCCACACCGGUCAACACUCACGUGACUCUACUACACACUAACAUUUGCCUUUUAUUAUCCAAAUAUUACGUGGUUGGUGUGUAAUAAUGGACGUCUGACAUGUCAUUGGGUUUACCCGUAAGUGAGUGCGGAUACACAAAUAAUCAUUGUAGUACUAAACGAUAAUGUAAUGACCGAUUUCUUUUACUAUGAUGAUGUUCGAUAGUGGUGUGUGAAAGGCUCUGGCCAUCGAGGCCACUUCGCCGCCUGUUGAAGGUUUCUCAAACUUGAUCCCUCCUGUGACUCGAGUCGUAACUCCUCUGUCAAAGCUGGAAGUUUUAGAUUAGUCUGCUAAUCUGUGUUCGUAUCGAUGUCAGAGCAAGUAACCGAAACCAUCUUGGUUGAUUUCAGUCGACGACGAGAUUUUAUUUAUUUUUAAGUUCAAAGUUCCUGAUAGGAACCCAGAGGCAGCAAGGGGGCCAAGUUUGAGAAAGACAUUAAUUGUGCAAACACUAUUCCAAAGGUGUGGAAGGGAUACAGCUGGUGCGAGCAUGUGCUGAAAUGGCUUACGGGCAAUACAGUAUAUAGUUGGAGUCACUUGUUAAUACCUUUUUGACUUAUUGUUUUUAGUAUUAUCAAUCUCAUUGUUAAAACGCGAUGAAGUCCUUCAGUCUCAGACCAUUUGUUUUAUUUUAUAGAUUGUGGUUUAAUUUUUCAGAUGGAUCAGAGGAUUUCGUUGAGAAUUUGUCAUCACAUUUUAAUGAUUGUUUUAAGGAGCUUUUUUUUUAUUCUGAUGAACUUGUAAACACUGGAGUGACGGGGGAAAAGACAAAAAACAUUUUUUUUCCAUCAGGCUGUACUAGAUUUUAGGUUUUAGACAGAGCCUUUCUCUCCUCAACAGGACACACAAAGUGGACAGAACAAUUUGGAUCAGUACAGUUGAGAGCCCAGUAUGUGUGGUAAUUUUCACAUUAGAGACAGUAGUACCUCAAGAAAAUGUUUUUUUUUUCUUAUACAAAAUCCCUGGUAUUUGUAGUAAAUUAUAUUGAUAAUGGUAUUAGAUGAACAACAGCAUAACAGUAGCUAUCACAGAUUAGUUGUUUUCUUUUAUUAGUCUUGCAUGCAGAGUUAUGGUCCUCAGUUAAGAUAGGAUCUUGAUAUUGAUUAUUUUGUGUAGGAAAAUGAGUGCAUAAGAAUAACUUCCUAAAAAAAUAUUACAAUGAUUAUUGUAAAAUGGGCUAACUAAUAUGUACCCUUGUGAUCCAAUUAGUUUCAACUAUAUGAAAAUCAGAGGAGAGGCUUCUUAUUAUGAUGCUGAAAUAAAAUAAUUUGUAAAGGA